CUGCGUGCGCACGCGCGACCACGGAAGGGCCGGGCCUCGCGCCCCCUUUCCUCCUCCUCCUCUUCCUCCUCGUCCUCCUCCUCCUCCUCCUCCUCCUCCCAGUCCCCGUCCGGGCCCGGCGGGGGGCGGAGGCCGUGCGCCUGCGCGGAGCCCGCAGUCCGGCAGGGCCGCAGCCGCGGGGUGGCCGGCCGUUGCCGUGGGGACCGCGGGCCCCUCCCUCCUCCGCUCCCCUGCCGCUCGCCGUUCCCACCGAGGCGCGGAGGACGACCCCGGCCCCCCACGCCCGCCGGCCCGGCCGGAGCUGCAGCCGGUGACCCGGCGAGAGGCGGUGCCGCUCCCAAGAUGUCGCAGACGGCCAUGUCCGAAACCUACGAUUUUUUGUUUAAGUUCUUGGUUAUUGGAAAUGCAGGAACUGGCAAGUCUUGCUUGCUUCAUCAGUUUAUAGAAAAAAAAUUCAAAGAUGACUCAAAUCAUACAAUAGGAGUGGAGUUUGGUUCAAAGAUAAUAAAUGUUGGUGGUAAAUAUGUAAAGUUACAGAUAUGGGAUACAGCAGGCCAAGAACGAUUCAGGUCUGUGACGAGAAGUUAUUACAGAGGUGCCGCGGGAGCACUCCUCGUCUACGACAUCACCAGCCGAGAAACCUACAAUGCGCUUACUAAUUGGUUAACAGAUGCCAGAAUGCUAGCGAGUCAGAACAUUGUGAUCAUCCUCUGUGGGAACAAGAAGGACCUGGAUGCAGAUCGUGAAGUUACUUUCUUAGAAGCCUCCAGAUUUGCUCAAGAAAAUGAGCUGAUGUUCUUGGAAACAAGUGCACUAACGGGGGAGAACGUGGAGGAGGCCUUUGUACAAUGUGCAAGAAAAAUACUUAACAAAAUUGAAUCAGGUGAGCUGGACCCAGAAAGAAUGGGCUCCGGUAUUCAGUACGGAGAUGCUGCCUUGAGACAGCUGAGGUCACCACGUCGCGCACAGGCCCCAAGUGCUCAGGAGUGUGGUUGUUAAAAGCACGGGAGUGCACAGGUGUUCAGGUGUUAUUUGGGGCACAGUUGUCGGAGCUUGAAGAAGAAGUUUUUUACCACCGUCUUUUUCUACUUUAUACAGAAGUAGAUAUUCCUGCGAAGAAGAAUAAUUUGGGGUAAUAUGCAAGCUAGUAGAUGUGGCACAGCAAAUCAUAUAAUAAAUCUCAUUAAAUGGACGGUACCGUUAGAGGUAUACAUGUAUGUAAAAAUUUUCUGGUCCAUAUUUUCCCUUUCAUCUUUGGUUUAAAUCCUCACUGUGUGCUGUAUAUAGACUCUUACUCAAUACGUCUCCACGGCAUGGUAUCUGAUGUAGGACCUGAUAGAACGUUGCUCCCAGUGCAGUCUAAAAUUUUAUUUUCCUUAAUCGUCUGAACUAAAACCUGUCGAUGGCGAGUGUACUUUGAUCAUCCUGUCAGCUACAUUGCACAGUUGGUUAUAUUGAUGGCCCGGUAUUCGAAGACUCUGGCAUUGACGGCCAGUGAGAUGCUUAUUUACUUCCCAUUUGCCACGGUCCACAAAGUGUUUACGUAACCCACACUUGAAAUACUAGACCAGUAGUUACUCAGACACGGAAAUAAAAUGGAAAAUGGAGUUUUUCCAUGAACUUGACGCUUUCCAGCGCUCUGUUGAUUUUACAGCACCUUCGUCCAGAUCGAUUCAGGAAGUGUAGCCAGAGUACCUGCUGUGUUUUAGGCACUGUGAUCAGCACUAAGGAUUCUGUUACCUUUACCCAAACUUACCAGGAAAUCGAUUCUACUUUCGGCUGUCGGUAAAUGCGACGGACGGUAUAACUGGGGCCGCUCACCUGUUCCCCGUUUGCUGCUCUGUCUGGUCUCCCUGCUGGAAAACACUGUUCGUUACUGUGCUUUUCCUAGGAUUCGGUGUAUGACGUCACUGCCUCCUUUUUAAGUCUUUUAUUGUUUUGUGUUCAUUUUAAGGAAACCCACUAAAUCAAGUUAAUAUUAAAGGAAUACCACUCAUCAAGAAAUUUCUGUAUAGCUUUUGCUGAAUACUUAAAUGCCUUACUACGGUUAUCGAGUUGACAUGUUUUUAAUUCACAUAAGGUAUAUCAAAGUGUAAUAUAUAUUGUAUUACAAAGACUUGUUCUAAUAUUUUAAAAUGUCGAUGCAAAAAACAUAUAAUAGGACUUUUCUUUAAAGUUGAAAUACAGUAUUAUUUAAGGCCAAAAGGUUAAAAAGCAUUCUUCACCUUAUAUAUGUUCUUUCACUGUGACUUUUCGCUGCAGACUGAUUGGUGGAUUUCACUGCCUUUCAGUUAGAAGCUGCCACUGCUUUUGUUGUUCGAUUUAAUCAACAGAGCACAGUGGCACUGGAAACUCGGGGAGGUGACUUGGGUAAAAAGAUCAGUAUGUAUCUGUGUUAGGCGUCUUAAUUUUGCUUUUUUUUUUUUUUUAAUGCCUGGAAUAUUUUUGUUUUGAAAAGUCAGAAAAUGAAGUAAGUUUUCAGACUGAACCACUACAUGGACCUCGCUGGAAGAAUGUUCGAUUCGGCGUCUCAUUUAUGAUAGUUCUGCAGGCUGCUCACUUUUGAACAGCUCUUUGCAUGGGAUAGGAGCAUGUCUGUUCUGCCACAUCGCUUGAUUCAAAAGCAAGAAUUUUUAAAAUAAGAUGUUAAUUUGGUUUACAAAUGAGCCUAUUAAUUAAACCACAGGUACUGCAUAGAAUUCCACAUCGUUUGACCAAUAAAAGUUGCUGGAGAACCAAACCAUGGUGGUUCUUAAUAAAGGCCUUUCAGGAAAAAUGAAGAAGGGAGAUAAUUUAGUAUAUUGGUCAGUGGAGUGUUUUCCAACGCCCUCAACCAGUUCUCUGAUUCUCCAGAGGUAUGAGCGGGGCGGCCUACAAUUCAGUUCCAAUAUUCUAUACCUAGAGAUAGCAUCAGAUCCCGCAGGUUACGGGCUUCGUCUGCCCCACCCCAACACACACACACACACACACACACACACACACACACACACUUCAGAUACCACUAGCACAAGGAUGUGUUCUUGUUCCCCAACCUGGAACCUCAUCACAUCUUGUUCAAGAGUUCAAUCUCCAGCACCCACCCUUCCCAAGUUGAGGUGGUGGGCCUGGAAGUUCCAGCCCCUCUAAUCGUUUGGUCUUUCUGGUGACCAGUCCCAUCCUGAGGCUCACGGGACCCCACCCUAAGUCACCUCAUUAGCAUAAACUCCAAUGUGCUCCAAAGUGACACUUGGUGAUUAAUAGCAGACACCCCCAUCGUGGAAAUUCCAAGGGUUUAGGAGCUCUGUGCUGGGAAUCAAGGACGAAAACCAAAUACAUGUUGUUAUAUCAUACGCCGGUAAAUGUUAUGUAUAUGCUUUCCACAACUCACUACGUUUUCAGGAUGCUCUCAAUUCACAUUUCUAGAGAAGUGUUUUUUCAGUCGUCCUCGAAAAUUCUCUAAACUCCAUUUAGACUUGAAAUUGUUUAUUUUACAAGCCCAGCAUUUAGUGAAAAUGAGAGCAUCCCAGGGUGGGAAUCUGUAAUGGGUUUUUUUUUUUAUUAAAAACAUUUUUUGGGGGCGCCUG